UGGUCCCGCGGUGGACGGAGCCCGAGAUGGAGCCGGAGAGUCUGGAAUCGAGGAUCAAUAGAGCAACAAACCCCCUCAACAAGGAGUUGGACUGGGACAGCAUCGACGCCUUCUGUGAGCAGCUCAAUAAGGAGCUAGAAGGGCCUCCACUGGCCACCCGCUUGUUAGCCCACAAGAUCCAGUCUCCACAAGAAUGGGAAGCUACCCAGGCCCUGACGGUUCUGGAAACAUGCAUGAAGAAUUGUGGCAAGCGUUUCCACGAUGAGGUUGGCAAGUUCCGCUUUCUCAAUGAGCUCAUCAAGGUGGUAUCACCAAAGUAUCUGGGCACCCGCACCCCAGACAAGGUAAAGGACAAGAUUCUGGAGCUGCUUUACAGCUGGACGCUGGGGCUGCCUCAGGAGGUGAAGAUUGCUGAGGCCUAUCAGAUGCUGAAAAAGCAAGGGAUUGUGAAGAUUGAUCCCAAGCUUCCAGAUGAUGCUCCCUUCUCUGCACCCCCCACACGGCCCAAGAAUGGGAUCUUUGAAGAUGAAGAGAAGUCCAAGAUGCUGGCCCGGCUGCUAAAGAGCUCCCACCCAGAGGAUCUGCGAGCAGCCAACAAGCUUAUCAAGGAGAUGGUCCAAGAGGACCAGAAGCGGAUGGAGAAGAUCUCCAAGCGGGUCAGUGCUAUCGAAGAGGUGAAUAACAAUGUGAGGCUGCUGACUGAGAUGGUGACCAGCUACAGCCAGGGCGAGACUUCAGUGGGCAAUGAUGAGCUCAUGAAGGAGCUGUACCAGCGCUGUGAACGGAUGAGGCCCAUGCUGUUCCGUCUGGCCAGUGACACCGAGGACAAUGACGAGGCCUUGGCGGAGAUCCUGCAGGCCAAUGACAAUCUGACACAGGUGAUCAACCUCUACCAACAACUGGUGAAAGGAGGAGAGGUCAAUGGAGACACAGCCUCUGGCCCCCUUCCAGGUAGCACUUCAGCUCUCCUGGACCUCUCUGGACUGGACAUGCCUCCAGCAGGUUCAGCCAGCCCUGCCCUACCAAGCCUGGCGAGUGGCUUAGCCAGACCAGAGCAGCCCACCUCAGUCUCCCUGCUUGAUGAUGAGCUCAUGUCUCUAGGCCUCAAUGAUCCCACACCCCCAUCAGCCCCAAGCCUGGACAGUGCAGGAUGGAACAGCUUCCAGUCAUCAGAAAGCUCUGAACUCGCCAGUACAGCUCCCCAAACCGAUAGCCAGCCCUUGUCCCAGAUGCCUCCAUCGUCCUCCAGCGGGCUUGAUGACCUGGACCUCCUAGGGAAGACUCUGCUACAACAAUCCCUGCCCCCAGAGUCUCAGCAAGUUCGGUGGGAGAAGCAGCAGCCAGCCCCUCGGCUCACCCUGCGUGACCUCCAGAACAAAAGUAGCACCAGUGCCCCAACACUGCUCCCCAGUGGUUCCUGUGACCCCCUGGCACCUCCACGGCCCCCAGAGCCAGCACAAGAGAUCUCCCUGGCCAACCUCACUGUGCCCCUAGAGUCUAUCCGACCCAGUAGCAUCUUGCCUGUAACUGUCUAUGACCAGCAUGGCUUCCGAGUCCUCUUCCACUUUGCCCGGGACCCUCUGCCUGGCCGGCCUGAUGUGCUGGUUGUGGUGGUUUCCAUGCUGAGCACAGCCCCGAAGCCAAUACGGAACAUUGUCUUUCAGUCUGCUGUCCCCAAGGUGAUGAAAGUAAAACUGCAGCCCCCCUCAGGCACUGAGCUCCCUGCCUUCAACCCCAUUGUCCACCCCACAGCCAUCACUCAAGUCCUGCUGCUCGCCAACCCCCAGAAGGAGAAAGUCCGCCUCCGAUACAAGCUGACCUUCACCAUGGGUGACCAGACCUACAACGAGAUGGGAGGUGUGGACCAGUUCCCCCCACCUGAGUCUUGGGGCAGCCUCUAGAAGCUGGCUGGGAAAGGAAAGGUGGUGUGGGAGGCUCCAAGGAAGCCCGUCCUGCAGGGUGGGGACGGGGGCCCAGCCCAGUCCUCCUUAGGACCUCUACUGCCCCCAUUCUCACCUUCUGCUAGUUAGGACUUCACUUGGAAACCUGUGCUCCCCGACAGGAUGGGGACCAGCUCCCCACUCUAGCCAUACAUGCUGGGGUCUGGUGCUUCUCUCCCCAGUGUUCCUCCCAUACUAGCUCUUCCCCACCUUCCUCUUCCUCCCUUACUGAGCUAAAUCCAGAAGGAGAGGUAGAGGCCAGAGCCUUCCCCUAGUACAAAAGCCUCAUCUCUUAACAGAUCCAUCCCUUAGCCAGGAUCAUCCUGCUUGGUCUGUUGAGAUGCAGGAGGGCGGGGCAGGGAGAGUGGAUGAGUGUUUGUCCCUUCUGGGCUUUGGGAAAGGUUUGGGUGAUCAGGACCCUCAGCACUACUGUAGCAGUCUUGGGAAGGGGCUGGGCUGAGGUACCACGGGAUGACCCUGGAACUGGGUGGGGCCAGAGCCCUGCUCUCUUAUGCCUUAUGGGAAGGACCAGCCAUAAGCCAGGGGUGGCCUUACCAGAGUGGGGAUUGUUCUACAGGACCCAGAGCCCUGGGCGUGCCACUGACGCUGCCGAGCCUCCCCCUCUCCCUUCCCCUUCGGGGGACAGCACCCCCAUAGGAACUGGGUAGAAUUUGGGGGUAUUCACCUCCACCUGUUUGCACUUCUCUGGUGUGGGAUUAGACUUUUUCUUUCCAUUUGAGUCUAUCUCUGGCAACAGUCUGGGUGGAAAGGGUGACUAGGGAAGGAAAUCCCAACAGUCAACUACCUUCCUUCCUCCAGCAUCAUUUGCGGGUGCCCUCAAAUGGGAUGGGGAAGGAAUUGCUGGGCCCAGAUUGUGCCUCAAUGGCAGGUUGGGGACGACUGGUGGUAGGGGUCCUCCCCUUAGACAGUCUUGGGCUUCAAGCAGCUUCUCCCUUACUGGGGUUCUCCAUGUCUCCUCCAUCAUGGGCCCUGCAGGAUCACCACCCUGGGCCCAUGUGUGUCUCAUGUCCACCUGCACUCAGAGGGACAUGCUGCAUUGGGUGUGGUGUAUUUAUGGGAUAAAAUAAAAGAGUUCUUUCCUGGA